UUUUUCUUUUUGAUUUUUUUUUUUCAAAAAAAUAAACUCAACCACCACCUCCUCCACAACAACAACAACCACCGGUUUAAUUUCUCGCCGCUGCUUUUUGAAUUUCUCGCGAGCGACGAUUUAUGAUCGCCGGUGACGCCCCGGUGGCCGGUCAAUUCUCGGACUAUCGUUUUGACUAUGAAGAGCAAUCACAAUAACAUUAACAGCAACGGAAAUCAUAUUGCUAAUCACAAGAACGGGAAGUUGAUUCCGAAUUCGUUGAAGUUCAUUUCGUCUUGUAUUAAAACCGCUUCUUCAGGUGUCAGGUCAGCUGGCGCCUCUGUUGCCGCUUCUAUUUCUGGCGAUUCUCAUGAGACUAAAGACCAGGUACUGUGGUCUUCAUUUGACAGACUAGAGCUUAGUCCGUCUUCCUUCAAACGUGUUCUCUUACUUGGAUACUCCAAUGGUUUUCAAGUUCUUGACAUUGAAGAGGCCUCUAAUGUCAGUGAACUUGUUUCAAGGCAUGAUGAUCCAGUUACAUUUUUACAGAUGCAGCCUCUUCCUGCAAAGUCUGAGCAUCAUGAAGGAUAUAGAAAUUCUCAUCCUUUACUCCUAGUUGUAGCGUGUGAUGAAUCAAAGAGCAGCUCAGGUUUAUUACCUACUGUGAGAGAUGGGCUGGUAAGAGAUGGUUAUGAUGACCCUCAAACAGGAAACCUUGCCACCGCUCCAAGAGCUGUUCGAUUUUACUCACUAAGGUCUCACAACUAUGUGCAUGUUCUCAGAUUUCGGUCAACUGUCUAUAUGAUUAGAUGCAGUCCUCGAAUAGUGGCUGUGGGUCUUGCCUCUCAAAUAUACUGUUUUGACUCUCUCACUCUUGAAAACAAGUUUAGUGUCCUCACUUAUCCUGUCCCUCAGUUGGGAGGCCAAGGAGUGCUUGGGGUUAAUAUUGGAUAUGGUCCAAUGGCUGUGGGUCCCCGAUGGUUAGCUUAUGCCUCCAACAACCCAUUGCUCCCAACUACAGGCCGCUUGAGCCCACAAAGUCUUACUCCUCCAGGUGUGAGUCCAUCAACUUCACCCAGCAAUGGAAAUCUGGUGGCUCGGUAUGCUAUGGAAUCUAGUAAGCAGUUAGCUGUAGGGUUGAUAAAUCUGGGUGACAUGGGCUAUAAGACUUUGUCUAGAUACUAUCAAGAUAUUGUCCCUGAUGGUUCUAGUCCUCCUUUAUCUUCCAAUUCAAGCUGGAAAGUUUCACGUGGUGCAUCACAUUCGGCAGAAUCUGAUGUUGCUGGGAUGGUUGUUGUGAAAGAUUUUGUGUCCAGAGCUGUCAUAUCACAGUUCCGGGCUCAUACAAGUCCAAUUUCUGCUCUAUGUUUUGAUCCAAGUGGGACUUUAUUGGUGACUGCAUCAAUACAUGGAAAUAAUAUAAAUGUUUUCCGGAUCAUGCCAUCCUGCUCAAAACAUCGAACAUCCUCUGCCUCUCAAAACUAUGAUUGGAGUUCUUCUCAUGUGCACCUUUACAAGCUCCACCGUGGCAUGACAUCAGCUGUGAUACAAGACAUUUGUUUUAGUAAUUAUAGCCAGUGGAUUGCCAUUGUUACAUCCAGGGGAACUUGUCACAUUUUUGCUCUUGCCCCUUUUGGCGGUGAGACUGUGCUUCAAAUACAGAAUUCUAAUGUAGAUGGGCCUUCUCUCACGCCAGUCCUUUCUCUACCAUGGUGGUCUGGUCCAUCUUUCAUGACAAAUCAACACUCUUUUCCUUUACCACUACCAGCACCUGUUACACUCUCUGUGGUUAGCAGAAUAAAAAAUAAUAAUUCAGGCUGGCUUAACACAGUUAGCAAUGCUGCAUCUUCUGCAGCAGGAAGGGCCUCCAUUCCAUCUGGUGCAGUAGCUGGUGUCUUUCAUAGUUCUGUGCCUCAGGAUUUGCAACCUGCUCACUUAAAAGUCAAUGCUUUGGAGCACCUAUUGGUUUACACUCCUUCUGGUAAUGUUGUUCAGUAUAAGUUACUAUCAUCUACUGGAGGAGAGACAAGUGAAACCUCUCUGAGAACAGGACAUAGUUAUUCUGCACAGAUACAAGAUGAGGAAUUAGGAGUAAAAGUUGAACCUGUUCAAGGGUGGGAUGUCUGUCGAAGAACAGAUUGGCCUGAAAGAGAGGAGUGCAUUUCUGGAAUUACUGUUGGUCAGAAAGAAGUUUCAGGGAUGAUCAUGGAUACUUCUGAUUGUGAAGAUAAUGAUACUGGGCAUAAGGAGUAUGUAAAACUCCAUGACCAAUCUCACUUACAUAUCUCCAAUGCAGAGGUGCAGAUGAGCUCCGGACGGAUACUUAUCUGGCAAAAUUCUAAGAUACAUUUCUAUACAAUGAAUCCUUUGGAGAAUGAUGAGCAAAAUUCCACUAAAGAACAAACUGGUGGAGAGAUAGAAGUUGAGAAAAUUCCUGUUCAUUAUGUUGAGAUUAGGCGGAAGGAUUUAUUGCCUGUUUUCGACAAUUUUCACAGGAUUCAAUCUGACUGGAAUGAGAGGGGCAUUAUUGGAGGAAGAUCUACAGUUUCAUCUUCUAAGUCUUUUGAAGCCAAAGAGAAGUAUUUUGAAGAAACUGAUAUUUCAGAAUCAAAGUCAGCGUCACCUCGCUCAGUUGAAAACUCAGAUGGUGGGUCAUCAAAGAUUACUUAUCCAUCUGUAAACGGGAAUGAAAAUUUUGGUACAGGAAGAGGCAGGUUUGAUUUGGCAUCACCUACACUGAAUCAAAUCUUGUUCAACAAAGAAAAUGCUUCAGUUUUGUUGAAACAAUCUGCAGUCAAUGGUUCUCCUAUAGAGGAUAGCAAGUUUUCAAAUAUUGUAUCAUCUUUAACAAGUGGCUCACGUUCUGCUGGAGGAGCCAUAGCAAAAGAAGUUCAGUCAUCAACCAGUAAUGGGCCUGGUGAAAUUGUAAACAUAAGUUCUAAUCAUUUUGAAUUGAGUACAAACACUACAGAUGACAGCCCAGUAAAAGACUCACUGGAUUUUGAACAUUUUUUUCAAGAACCCUGUAAAGCCUCAGCCUCAUGUGAAUCUCGUGAAUCAGCUGGAGUUGUCACUGAUGUUGACAGCAGCAACAGUCCUUGUGAUAAAGAGAAAUCUGAAGAAGAUUGUGACAAUGAUAAAUCUGAGGAUGAUUGUGAUAAUGAUGACAUGCUUGGAGGUGUUUUUGCCUUCUCAGAAGAAGGUUGAUUUAUACCCUUCCUUGCGUUAUCUAUGAUUGAAAUAAUUGUGGAAAGGUUGGUCAAAGGUCAGCCUUAUGGAGGGUGAGAUACUAAUUGAUAUAAGUUCGAGUUAUUGCCUUCAACAAUGGAUCUGCUACUGACUGAUUGAUACAAGAUGGAUGCCUGGUUUUCACCUUCUAAUUCUAUUGUAAAUUAUGUACAUUCAUAUUCUUAUUACAAUUGGAUUGUGUGGACAGGUGUUUUCUGUUCUGUGUAACAUUAAUCAUUCUUCAAAAAAAAAACAAAGAAAUAAAACGAAAAUGCAAGAUGUCUUCAUCUUGUUAUUGUACAAAUUACAUUCUUUUGUCAUAUGAGGUUUCUGUAAGAUACAUGGAACUACAAAUUCUGAACCUCUUUUUGUGGCAUACUAUUAAUUUCGCACCUCUUUUUGAAGCAG